AUGCACACGUCCUUCAUCGAGAUUUCCGAGUCGCUGGAAAACACCGGUGGUAACAUCAAUAUCAAACUCUUGGCAUCCCUCGCAUCGAUCUGCAACAGUCACAUCUAUGCCAUUACCUCCGCGCUGGACGUGGAUCCUCCUCCCACAGAGCUGAUUAUGGUUAGGGUUGCCGUCUACAUUCGAGCGAUCAUAUACGACGCGCGAAAUCGCGCAAAUAUCAUCACCUGCGUUGUUGAACCAACCGCACGCUCCAACUCCGGUGUUAUACCAGGUCAGAUCACCACCGAAGGCCUCAAUACUGGCCGGGAUAUAUGUGUUGUUCGAUUGACUGGAGUUUGGGUCAAUUCCAGGAUGAAGAUUCCAAUGGGUAGUGCUGCAGAUAGGAAGGGCCCUGUAGAUGCUUGCUUACGUAGUGGUCUCAUGUGGAAUUGGACCAUGGGGAAAGGGAUCAUUGGUAGGAGCAGCACUAGCUAA